AUGUUGCACAAAACUUACAAAAAGGAAAUUGGCUUCAUUAAAGCAUGGACACCAGCAGCUGCUGCAGACCCUGUCAGUGUGUUACCUGGAAGUCUGGGAAGAGGAAGCUGGUGUAACGAACAUGAUACGAUCCACAAACGCUUAGAUAUCAUUGAAGAGAAGGUAAUAAAAACAGUGGAGCAUCUAGAAUCAGAAGUCAAGUCACUCCUGAACAUCAUCAGUGAGACAUCGAAUAUCCCCAUCGCUCCAGGAACUCCACUUAUAGACAUUUUUGAUGGUAAGUAUCUAGUGGGAUAUAACCUAAGUUGA